AUGUUAACAAGAGCGAGAGCUUUUUCGACUCAAGCGUUGAAAGUUGUCAACAAUGUUGCUAAGCAACAGUUUGUCGUUACUUUGCAAUCCGAAGCUACCCUAGACUAUGAUCUAAAAAGCAAAGAGAUUACUUUUAUUCACACUGAGGUACCAAAAGAAUUUCAGGGUAAAGGAGUUGGCAAAUUAUUAGGUCAAUAUGCCUUUGAUUACGCUAGAGACAACGAUCUUGAUGUGAUAUGCAAAUGUCACUUUUUGGCCAAGUACUAUAAGGAUAACAUUAAGCAAUACAAGAACCUAAAAGUAAACCUAGAUUUAGACUAG